AGGUCUGAUUUCGCAAAGGCUAUUAUCCUCGUCAUUAAUCUGACACAUCGAGGUUGUAAGACCCCGCGAGACUGCCCAUCUUCUCACACCUCUCACUCUUCUAAAACUUCCUCAUACGAUGCCCGGAGGCCACCACGGCGGCGGUAUCUACAGCGGCGGCAUACCCCCCUGGCAAACAGUAAACCAGAUAUGGACGAAUCCAGCACUACUUAAUACACCCACAGGCGGAUCACACCACCGCCACUCCGCCGGCGGACAUUCCAGAUCCCACACUGGCGGAGGUCACACUGGCUCCCAUGGCGGAUCCCACGGUGGAGGCAAACACUCCAACGGCGCCUCAGACGCAUCGACAACCGCAAACCAAAACGCCACCCUCCUCAACAACAACAUUCCUCAGAACCCAUCCGACAACCCACCCGACAAGAACAAGCUCGAAAUCGGCAAUCCUUUCCCCGAACCCCCUCCCUGACCACGAAAUCCCUGACCCGCACCCACCCGAGGAACCGCAUGAAGUGCCUGACAGGCCCGAGGAGGAGGAGACGGAGUGGUGGGAGAAACAACUGAAAAAGCAAGGGAGGAGGCUGAGGAAAUGGUUAAAGGAUAUUUUGCCUUUCUGACUUGACUAAUCACAGGAGCCAAAGGGCAGAGAGUGAGUUAAGUGAUGGAAAGCAAACGUGACGCCAUCCGGAGGAGAACGGUCGUUUUGAGGCAGGAUUAGUAGUGCUGUAAGGAGGAAGAUCAAAAAUGUUGUCUGUCGUAUUAGGGAAUGUUUUGAUGAAAUACUUACCUUCUUUUACCACCGCUGA